UAUUUCCUUCCUUCUCCCAAGUCAUUUGUGAACUACAGCCUCUUCCAAAGUGAUAAUAGAAACACAAAUGGCUCUUCUGUCUGGUAUAAUGCACGCUAAGAGGAUUGUCUGCAGGUCUGUUUCUGGUCUUGCUAAAAGUGUUCCGAAAGGCUACUUUGCAGUAUAUGUUGGAGAGGACCAUAAGAAGCGAUUUGUGGUACCCAUAUCAUACCUGAAUGAGCCUUCCUUUCAAGAAUUGCUAAGCGAGGCUGAGGAAGAAUUUGGGUUUGAUCAUCCGAUGGGUGGUCUCACAAUUCCCUGCAGGGAAGACAUCUUCAUCACUCUCACUUCUCGCUUAAAUGCAUUUUAGUGCAGGGCGCACUAAGCUUGAUCAGACUCGACACAUUUCUUCUCUAUGGCAGAAGGGGCAGAGCAGGAAAUGUCCACCCAGGAUCAUUCAGGUUAAGCACAUUCUCCAAUGAGUGCAGAUGACUCAAGGUCAUGAUCUAUCAGAAGG